GGUGUGGCGCGCGUGCUGCCUACGAGAGCUGCUAGCUGGUGAUGUCAUAGUUGUUCCCUUUCUGUCAGACUCAGUUUCGAAUAACUCUUUAAUUUGUGAUCGGGUCAACAUGGUUCUUGGACUGUGGAACAGUGCAAAGCCUUUCAAGGACCAGAAGUAUGAUGAGCUUAAGAAACAAGCCAUUGACAGUGGAAAACUCUUUGAGGAUCCUAUUUUUCCAGCAGAUGACUCAUCUCUUGCCUAUUCACAAAGAUAUGGAGCAGUGCAGUGGAAAAGGCCAAAGGACCUGUGUGAUAAUCCACACAUGUUUGUAGAAGGUGCCAGUGCUGGGGACGUAACCCAGGGAAGCUUAGGCAACUGCUGGUUUGUCGCUGCUUCAUCCAGCCUUGCCCAGGAGAAAGCUCUGUGGAAAGAGGUGAUUCCCGACCACAAUGACCAGGACUGGGACGAGAACAAGCCCGAGAACUACGCCGGCAUCUUCCACUUUCGUUUCUGGCGCUUCGGCGACUGGAUCGACGUCGUCAUUGACGACCGCCUCCCGACUAUCAAUGGACAGCUGGUCUUCAUUCACUCGCAGUCACGGAACGAGUUCUGGAGCGCUCUCCUCGAGAAAGCCUAUGCAAAGUUGAGCGGCUGCUACGAGGCUCUCGAUGGUGGCAACCUGUCCGAGGCUCUUGAGGAUUUCACCGGUGGUGUGGCCGAGACGAUCAGCCUGCAGGAGGAUGGCUUCGCAGGCGAUGACCAGAAGCAGUACCGGCUAUUCAAGACCAUGGAGAAAGAGGCUGAGCGUCUGUCUCUCAUGGCGUGCGCGAUCGCUGUAUCCGGGGGUCAAGAGAUUGAAUCUCGUACUAACUCCGGGCUUGUUCGCGGCCACGCUUACGGCAUCACUGCCGUCAAGAAGAUUUACCUCGGCGAUUCUGGCUUCCUUUACCGUUUCACGGGGAAGGAGAAGCUCUACAUGGUGCGCAUGAGGAACCCCUGGGGAGAGAAGGAAUGGAAUGGUGCCUUCAGUGACAAUGACCCAGAAUGGAACAAUAUGUCUGAGGCGCAAAGGCAGAAGUUGGGAAUGGCAAAAGAGGACGAUGGGGAAUUUUGGAUGACAAUGGAGGAUUUCUGCAAAAACUUUACUGACGUGUCCAUCUGUCGUCUGAUCAAUACACAGUACCUAAGCCUGCACAAGAAGUGGUUCGAGGCAAUGCGGUUUGGAAGCUGGACCGGUAACUUGAUGGGCGGAUGCAUCAACAACAGGAGCACGUUCUUGCAAAAUCCUCAGUUCAAGUUUGAGAUAGGCGACGAUGAGGAUGAGAUCCUGCUCUCUCUCACCCAGAAGGAUGUGCGAGACACACGGGCGGUCGGUGGCCAGAAUCUGCCGAUCGGAUUUUUCAUCAUGAAGGUUGAGCUGAACCGCAAGUACAGGCUGCACACGAUCCACGAGAAGGCCGGAGACUCGGUGUACGCGCGCUCGCGCUGUGUGUUCCUGCGCAUCACCCUGAAGAAGGGAACGUACGUUCUCGUGCCAUCGACGUUCGAGGCGAACCAGACCGGGGACUUCAUGCUGCGUGUGUUCACGAGCAGCACCUCCAACUGCAAAGAGUUGACUCUGGACCAUCCGCAGCCUAGCUGCUGGACGUGCAUCAAUGCCCCGAGUUGCCUUACUCUCGUAACGUGCAUGUCUGCCACUGGCCUAGAAAAGCAAGACAGCGAAGGAGGAGCUGAUCCCUACUGCAUUAUCAACUGCGAAGGGAAGAAAGUGACAACACCUACAGUGCAAGAUUCUACCAAUCCAGAGUGGUACAAUGGAUCUGCAAUCUUCUACAGGAAGAAACUGCUUGAGCCUAUCGUAAUUGAGGUUUGGAACAAAAAUGCCAUCAUGGAUCAGUUCAUGGGUAAGGUGACGCUGGAUGCACCUGUGGACAACCAAACCCGCGUUCUGGAGAUGCAACUGCAGCCAAAGAAGGAUGGCGAUCCAGUGAAGCAGGGCAAGCUGACAGUGAAAAUACAAACGCACCAGGAUCUAGACAGUGUUUAAACCAGGGACAAGUUCUUGGCCUCUUGCUGGAUGAGGUUUCAGUGGUGAGCGAAGAUUUGAUGGAAUUGUUUACUGACUGAGUGAGCGUUCCAAAAUCUUCAGUGGUGAUGAUGGUUUCUGUUGGUGGGUGAGUGUACGCUCUUCACGUUUAUUUGCUAGCUUGAUCGCUUACGCAUAGUAUAUGUGGGACACAUAUAUACAUAUAUAUAUUUAUAAGUGAAUGUCUUCCAUAAAGAUCAUGAACACCUUUUGAAAACACACGCCGUACAUACAGGCCUACUCUUUGGUAUCUAGUGUACAUGAAAUUGUUGUGCAGGUAAAGGUGGUAACUAGAAAAAUGAAGUGGUGCAGUUAAAUGAAGAUUUUAAUCAAAGCUUCAGCAUCUUACAGCCAACUGCUUUCAUACUAACUAAGUACAAAUGCUAGGCGUUUAUCUCAACAAAGUUUAUAUUAUUCAUUAAAAUGAAAAAGGAAAUCGAAUAUCUCACCUACUACCUAUGACAGAGUCUAUUAGUAGUUAUUAUAUAUUCAUAUUAGUCUAGUAUUGUUAUAUGUAACUCUUAUGUCAGCAUGGUAUCAGAAAAUGCUGUAAUGGUCUAUACCAGUUAUACCAAUGCUUGGGGAUUUAACCAAUUAACUUCCAAAUCUGUAAUUUGCUGUGUGUUUUAUCAAUUAUCUUUUAUUUGUGUGUCUUAUCUUUUAUCAUUGUGUGCACCCACAACAGUAUUUAGAAGCAGGCUUUAGAAAGGUUCUAUCAAAUAUUUACACCAUUAAUGUGGUACUAUCAGGAGUCUAUCAAUAUCUAUCAGGAGUCUAUUGAUAGACUCCUGGUAAUAUGUUAUUAAUGAGCAGUGAUUUAUAUAGAAUUGAGGACGUGUUAUGUAUAAAUAUUUAAGUGCUUUUAAAGAAAAUCUUUGUGCAAACCUUCACGAAGGCAGUUUUAUUAGUAGGCUCGUGAUGUUGUCUGACACAUCUGUGUUAGCAUACAUGUGCUGUUCCUAAGAUGGAAUUCCAGCUCUUAAACGUCUUUUCUUAAAAAACACUUCACUGUGGCGUGUGUGUUUGUUACCUCAAGUGUUUUAUAAAAGUAUAUAUAUAUAUAAUGCCUUCCGGCCUAUUUUUGCUAAAUUUAAUGCGUGUGUGUUAUGCAGGCUUGUGACAAAAAGUUGUUGUCUGUUGAUACCAUUGUGCCUUAGUCUAAAUAGGUCUAUGUACUUCUUCAGAAAUUUACAUAUGUUAUACACGAGGUUACACUAACAGUUGUUGAUAACAAUAACAUAGCAUAGUAGUGGCUUGUAGUCACACAUAUAUUGAGUCCACAUAUCUUUAUAACUGUUUUUUUUAAAUAUAGAUAAUAUACACGUGGACAAAAUCGUUUGACCACAUAUAAGAUCUGGGGCCCGUUGUCAGAAACAUCGUAAAGUUUAAUGCUAAUGUUAAGACUAAUGUUAAGACUAAUUUUGUUUCUGGCAACGGGUCCUGGUCUUUCUGGGCGUAGGAUGCUAGCACGUAGUUGUGUUACCGUACGACGCUAGCCGAAAAAUUUCGGCUAUCAACUUCAUAGUUUUACUUCAUUAACUCGCUUUUAAAACUACUCUCCUCUGCCAUUCCCCCUGCUCCUGUCAUUACCAGAAGCAUUUCUGGGAGGCUUAAUUGCCUUGAGUCGGUCUUGGCGUUUUGUUCUCUCAUUCGUCGUUUUUUUCACGUUGGCAACAUUCAAAUGUAACAUCGCUAAGCCGAUAUAAUUGCAUUGAUGUGGUUAAACAUAAAAGCUGUUAGCUGCGAAAAUAUCAGGAUAGAGGGCACUGCGUUGCAUGGACCGUUGAAGCGCUGUGAGAGCCAACACUCCAUUUACCCGUUUUCUCCAUUUAUCUCAUCUUUUUCGUGUGAUAGUCUGCCUGCCUCAGUUGUUUUAUAGGGUCCUCGUGGAAAGCUAAUGAACAAGGAUUAUGCUCUAGGAGCAUCUCACGUGUUUCUGUAGCCGUCUUUUAUAAGCUUGAAACAAAAUUUUGUCUUUCCACAUUGACGUUAUACACAAAAGUGCCAAUAUAACGCCAGGAACCUUCACCGAAAGCAGUCUCACGGUGUACUCGUGUAUAGUAAAGGGAGAAAUUGUUGCGUGCUGGUAUGUCGUAAGGUUAGCCUCUGAUACACUCAAGCUUUUGCACGCGUAUUGCUCUCAUGAAGAGUAAAGGUUUAUUGACCAAUGAAUCGAAUGAAUCACACGUUUCUGAAGGCUGAUAGAUUCUGGCAUAAUGAAUACCGUGAACAGGUUGGUUGGAUCAUGUCCGUACAUUUCACAAUAAAUGUACGGCACUAAAAUUUACGGCACUAAAUUAUGGCAAUAAAUGUACAAUGCACGGCACCUUUUGAACAAUGAAUGUCUUCUAUCGGUUAAGAUAGUGGUUGAAUUUCUGAUUCGAAUCAGUUUGGUGUAGCUCUGUGAGGGUAGCUCAGUUACAUCUGUUUGAUAGCUGUAUUUUAGAAAUAGGUAUUGUAUGGAGAUCACAUGUUGUGUCCCGUGUGGAGUUGAGAAAUCGAUUUUUAUAUGUGCCUUUAUUGUAAAUUUUUGUGUUUGCCAAUUUUCUAUUUUGUUUCGCAUUUGCUCAUUGAAUUUUUUAUUUUAAAGUUUUAUUCUAGUAUAUGUUUAGUAAAACGAAAAUUUUAAAGUAUGAUUAAAUAGGACAGUGGGUUGUGACAUUUUGGUUGUGAACGUGUUUUUGCUAUGGAAGCAUAUUUUACAACGAUUAUAUCGUAAUGACAACAUUUAUACCGUUAUUGCAUAAUAACAUGAACUUGUGUUCUGGCUCGAAACGCCCUGAAUAUCACGUGUAACAUAUAUAGCCUAUCUCCUACUUGAUAAUGGAUUUUGCUGUGCCUAGAGUUAGCAGUUGCAACUUGCGAGUAUGCGUUUGAAACGGGUGAGUAGUCGUAGAAAGGUGUUAAAAAAGAACGAAACUUGUUGUAUCGUUGUAUUGUUGUAUUGAGGUGAAAUAUGGGGCGCAACCGUGACAUAUAGACGCGUAAACAUGGAAACGAAUGUGCGGACUAUAUGAUCACUUAAAAUGAAAUCUGUAAUCUAGUUCUGAUAUAUGAAAUAACAAAUGUGCGGAUUAUAUGACUUUUAAUGAAAUCUGUAAUCAAAUUCUGAUUUAUGAGCCCUUUUCGUGGAUUAUGACGCAUAUAUCAAUAAUAUCAGGAAGACAUGGAAAUCAUCAUGUUCCUGACAUUAUAACCAUGUUUCCUGUUGUCAUGCAUAAUGAAACCUUGAGCUGAUUUAAUCGCAAUCAAAGUGCCUAGUUAGAGAGCAUACGCUCAUGUAUGUGAUUAUGUUAGGGGCUGAUGCGGCAGUGACGUACUCUUUAGUAUGUUGUGGGAACUUCAUAGUAUUAUAUUAUGCCCCAACCGUGCCCAGUGCGUUAUGCCAAUGUCUUGUAAGUCGUUAUGCUGGUUGUCAGGUAUGUUGACACCAUAUAGUGACGUUAUUUAUUUCAAAGUAAUAACCCGCAUGUAUCAGAAAUCGUAUUUGGAAAUAAAGUUUGGUAGUUUAAUUUUUAAAGUAA